AACUUUCCUAUCCCUCAACAUCCCUACGCACGCACAGAGACAGAGAGAGAGAGAGAGAGAAUGUUCAAGAAGGCAGUGGAGGCGAAGUCACACCAGAGACUGUCGGGGGCAGACAGGAAGAAGCUUAGACGAACCGUCAAAGACCUCUUUCGUAGAGCCUCCGAUGCCGAUAUCGACACCUUGCUUCCUCCCAAGGCGGAGAUAACUGUUGCAAAGUUUCAAAAUCGAGUCCAUGUAUAUGGUGUAGAAGGAGGAUUCCCUAUGUUUUUUGAUGUUGAUGGGCGAGGCAAAGAAAUAUAUCCCACAGUCUUUGCUCUCUGGAAUGUCCCUGAACUCUUGCCUGCUUUCAUGCUGAAAGGGGGUGAGGUUUCACGAUUUCUCAUUGGAGGGGCAGAUUUGAUGUUUCCUGGUAUUAGUGUACCUGCUGAAGGUUUACCUUCAUUUCUAGCUGGGGAACCAUGGGCAGUUAAAGUCCCUGGAAAUCCUGCUCCAAUUGCAGUUGGGGUGACCGCUAUGAGCAGCACUGAAGCCUUAAAAGCUGGUUUGCGUGGAAAGGCAUUAAGAAUCACUCACUAUUAUCAUGACUUACUAUGGGAAUCAGUUGAGGGCCACUAUGUCCCGAAUGCUGGCUUCUUAGAAGAUGUUGUAUUUGAGGAUCCUGCUAUACUGCAGUCUUGUCAAACUUCUGAGUCAUGUGAAGGUGCUAUUGAUGCUUCUAAUGGUCAAUGGAAUGGCAAUGAUAACAACGAAGUGGGUGAACCUGUUGAUGUAACUGAUAUCCUGUCCGAACAUAAUCAUCCUUCGAGUUCAUCAACACAGAUUGAUGUUGAGAAUGAUACUGCUGAAGAAGUAAUUGCAGACAUUGGUGAUUUAAGGGUAGGAAAUAAUGUUUCUUCUGAGGAAUCAAACGAUCAACACACUCUAUCUACUGAGGAUGUGGACAGCCUUUUGGAUAAGUGCCUUUUGCAGGCCUUGCAUACAACAGUUAAAGACAAAGACCUUCCCAUGCCUGGAAGCACACUAUGGUCAAACCAUGUACUGCCUUGUAGGCCUUCAGGAAUCACUUUAGACAUCAAGAAAUCAUCCUACAAGAAAUUAUCAAAGUGGUUACAAGCUAAAUCAUCCAUGGGACUGAUUUCUGUAAAAGAAGACAAGUACAAAAAGGAAGUCAUGCUACUUUCCAUUAACCGUAAACAUUUGGAUUACUCAUCCUUCAAGCCUGAGAAACGGCAAGUAGAGAAAAAUGAUCAGGUCAGUGAUCAUGCUGCUGCUAAUGAAAGCCGGUCAAGUAAAACUCUUGAAGUGGCAGAGAUCUAUAAACCAAGUGUACAUGUCAAUCCCAUUUUUGCUUCUGUAGGAGCUGAUGUGGGAAAACUUUUUAGUGCCUCAGAAGCCACCGAAAUUGUCUUCAAAUACAUUGAGAAAGAAAAUCUGGUAAAGCCCACAAACAAGACUAUAGUGGUACUCGAUGCAAUAUUGUGUGAUGCACUGUUUAAGGGGGCUAUUAAAAAAGGAUCAACAUACCCAACAGAAAUUCAUAAAAAAGAUGUAGGGUCAGCAUUUAUAAGCCGGAUGCAAGCUCACCACGUUGUGACAAGAGGAAGUGAGUCAAUUGUUCGUAAAGGUGCUCUGAAAGCAAUUCAGAUACUGACAGAACGACGGCUAGGUAACAAGAAGGUUACUAAACUUUCCGGGAUGGAAACAUUUUUGAUGGAUGCUGAAGCCUUGGCAUCUGCGCUUCAGAAAAAGUUUGCUUGCAGUACAUCAGUGACAGAAUUACCAGGUAAGAAAGGUCAUGAGGUUUUGGUGCAAGGCGGUGUGAUUGAUGACCUAGCAAAACAUCUGAUUGAACAGUAUGGAAUCCCAAAGAGAUACAUUGAAGUUCUAGAUAAAACCAGGAAAUGAGAUGUUGACAAAUGGUGAAAAAGUGAGGUGGUGAUUGGGAGUGUGUGAUGUGAUAAUCUGACACUGCCUAGUAAAUGUUUUAUGUUUUUCUUUAUGCUUGUUGCCAUACAAGAGAAGAGAGGAAAAUGAAGAGAAAGAGGUGUACAAGGUAAUUUGCAAGAGUUCCAUCAUGCCUAAGGUUUAGGAGGUAGCACAUUUUGAAGCUAAUAAGCCAUAUCUCAUUAUGUUAAUACUUAAUAGUUUUAUUCUCUUGGUGAGUAGUAGCAACUUUUUUGCAUUA